AUGUCUGCCCCCUCCCAAGUCCCUUUCUCUGCGCCCGAGCGCCUCGUCGACCCCGUGUUCCUUCGCCUGCAAGCAGUGGCCCGCGACCUCGACCAACUCCAGGCUGGGGUUGCGGAGGCCGUCACAUUCCAGCCGGUCCUAGUGGUUCCGCUGACCCCAAACGUCGCGGCUCUGUGGCUGCGCUGGGCACGCAACCUGCUCAGCGCCUUCUGGACUUUUGAGGUUAACAUGACCCUCGGUACGUGUAACGGCUACCCGUCGACUGCCCUUGGGCGUGAUCUGCGCCAGUCGGUAUUCGACACCGUGUACGUCCUGCGGCGCCUCUCCGAGACGGAGAACUUCGGCUGGGCAGCGCGCGACCUGCUUGACCCGUCCCGGUAUGGAGCCUAUGCCACCGACCACCCCUCCGCCUGGGCCGUAGGCCACACCCUCAUCCCCCUUCUCCGUUCGAUCCGCCUCCCCGCCGACCCGGAUGCUCCUCCCGUCGAACUCCCCUACGGUAUUCGGGCUGAGUACGCGUUCGGAGUCUGGGACGAUGCUGAGGAUCCCGACGCGGCUGAACCCGAGGAGGCGCAAGAUCCUCCUCGCGCCGCUGGCUCCUCCCCUGCCCGCAUAGUCGAGGAUGAUCCUCCGCGCCCAGCAUCCGCGGUAUCGUACUUCGACGGAGACGUCGAGAUGCGCGCCGUCUCACCCGGUGUUGGAGACGUCCCCCUCCGGCUGGACUCUCCUGAGGAAGCGGAGGGCGCUGAACCUCGCGCCAUCAGUCCACCAGUCCUCGAUCCUCCCCCCGCUGCGGCCGCGCCCGCUGUCCUCGCACGCCCGCUCCCGUCCUCCAGCUCUCGUCCCCGUUCCCCGUCCCCGCCUGUCGUCCGGAUGCGCAGUCCGUCCCCUCCGACACCGUCCCGUUCCUUCGCUGUCGAGCGAUGGGGCGAGCCCACGUUGCUCCGCCAGCACCCCGCCGCGCGCCGCGUUACUCGCACUAUCGAGCAAGAUCGCGCCGCGUUUGGUUCGUUCGCCCAGCUCAUCGAGCAGCGUGGCGGUGAGCACCCCUCUGCGCCUCCUCCUCCCCCUCGCCGCGACUCCCAGUCCCCGUCCUACAUCCCUCUGGGGCGAAACCUCCGGCUCAUUGGUCCCCGCCCGCCCACUACUGAACCUCCGGCUCCUCCUCCCCCUCCAUCUGCUCCUCCGUCCUCAGCCUCGACUGUGCGCCGUCGCGGUCCGCCAGCUCGGCUAUCCGCUAGUGGGGAACGAAUCUCCACCGCCCGCCUGGCGCCGUCCUCUACGCCCAAACCCGAGCCUAUCGAUCCGGCGCCACCCGUCCCCUCCAGUGACACGGGUAAGAAGCGGUCCCGGUACGCCCUGUUCGUCUGGUCCCCCAUCCGUCCCUGUGGUCCGUGCGCCAAGGUGGCUGGAACAGUGUGCCGUCACGACGGUCACAUUGGACACUCGUGCGCACGCUGUACGCACGAGCACUACAAGUGCGACUUGAACAAGUGCAGUCCUGGGCAGAUGCCCCUGAAGUACAUCGGCCCUCACCGCACCCAGACAAAGGCAGACGCGAAAAGGUGCAACCACCAGUUCUUCCCCUCCGAGCGCAUUGAAGGACCGCGCCCCACCGACCUCCUCGCCCAAUUCCCCGACGUCUCGGCCUCCGCGAUGAGCGGUCGCGCUGCCACCUCGUCCGCUCCGCCGACACAGGCGUCCACGAGCGCUGCUCCGCCCCCGCCUCCCGCCCCAUCGUCGGCACCCCCGCCUCCCGCUCCUGCUCCGCCACAGCCUCCGCGCGCAACACAGUCCGCGCCUCUGUUCGACCCGUCACCAUCGCCGUCCCCACCCCCCGCCGGUCGUCCAAGUAUCGCGACCCGGGCUCGGGCUCUCCAGGCGCAGGCAGAAGAGGCCAGGGCCCGUGUCGACCAGGCUCACCCCCGUCGCAACCCUCCUCGAACCUCAGUGGCAGCAGCACCCUCCCCAGCCACGCGUCGUUCCACGACUCGACGCCGUCAGGCUUCUCCACCUCGCAUCGACGUCGAAUCGGAGGACUCGGACGACGGCUCUGUUUACGAGGGCACCACGGCCGAGGAGGACGACGAACUCGAAGAUGAAGUGUAG